AUGGUAUCUCUUAAGCAAUUCACCCUUCUCGCCCUCACCACUGGCCUCGCCACGGUUGCUGCUCAGUCCACAGGAAAGACGACACGUUACUGGGACUGCUGCAAAGGCUCCUGCGCAUGGGAGGGCAAAGCCAGUGUCACCCAACCUCUCAGGACGUGUGACAAGAACGACAACCCCAUUAGCGAUCUGAUGGCGAAGAACGGAUGCGAGAGCGGUGGCACUGCGUUCAUGUGCACUAACCAGACGCCAUGGGCAGUCAACGACAGCCUUGCAUAUGGCUUUGCUGCUGUGAAGCUGGCCGGCAAGUCUGAGCGUGAUUCAUGCUGUGCUUGUUAUGAGUUGACCUUCACGUCGGGCCCUGUCGUGGGCCAGAAGAUGAUUGUGCAAUCCACCAACACGGGUGGGGACCUUGGAGACAACCACUUUGAUAUUGCUAUGCCAGGUGGUGGUGUAGGCAUCUUUAACGGCUGUACUGCACAGUUUGGCGCGCCAUCCACGGGAUGGGGUCAACAAUACGGUGGCAUCUCGAAUCGUUCUGAAUGUGACAACUUUCCCGAGAAGCUCAAGGCAGGGUGCAAGUGGAGAUUUGACUGGUUUAAGAACGCCGACAAUCCGACCAUCAGUUUCAAGGAGGUGACUUGCCCUGGUGAGUUGACAAACAGGACUGGCUGUAUCCGGGUGUAG